UUUCAGUUAGCCGUUGCCUAUAGAGGCCUAAGUAUGGACCACUGGACGCCGGAGCUCCCAAAACGUGAAAUCAAUCGAACUCUAUCAUUGCAUAUGUAUGUACAUAUCCGACGCUAAGGAGAAUGGAUCUCCAUAAAUACCACAGAAAAUGUAGUCCAAAAUCUGGGUUCUCUUCCUAACAGUCCGCUAUGCUACACUCAUCCACGAACUCUAACGACGAAACGCAACCACUUUUACGACACGACGAAGAAAAUUCAACGAUUUCCAUCCCACAGCAAUCCUCUUUAUCCUUGUCGCAGCUGGCAGUUAUAUGUUUUCUGAGAGUCCUUGAUCCUCUGAACUUCACUCAGAUCUUCCCCUACAUUAACGAAUUUGUGUCGAGAUUACACCUAACUGAGGACCCUUCUCAAAUUGGCUUUUACAGUGGCGCGAUUGAGAGUGUAUUCGCUCUAAGUCAGCUCGUAGCAAUCUAUCCGUGGUCCUCAUUAUCAGAUAGCAUUGGUCGUCGCCCCGUUAUCAUUGUCGGGACGCUAGGUUUGACGAUUAGUACACUUUUCUUCGGAGUAUCUCGGUCUUUUUUAGCUGCGAUGGUUGCUCGAGCUUUAGCGGGCUUAUUUUCUGGCAACGUCUCCGUAAUUCCAACGGUCCUCUGUGAAAUCACCGACCCCGAGAACGAAUCUUUUAUAUUUCCCUUUUUCGGCAUUUUCUGGCCGUUGGGUAUGGUAUUAGGACCUCUCAUCGGUGGUUCGCUGUCGGAUAUUGCGCUGAAAUUUCCGACCGUUUUUGAUUACGCCGUCCUGAAAGCGUAUCCAUACUUUCUCCCCUGCUUGGUUGUCGCCGCAAUAAACUUUGCGGGGAUGCUUUCCGCAUAUUGUUUCCUGCAGGAGACUCGUAAGCCCAUACAGUUAGUGAGGUUCGCAGAAGUCAAACCCCUAUCAACGAAGGAACUACUUGCAAACCAGAUGAUUCGCUGUCUUUGUACUUCUGCAUGUUUCUUGAGUUUUGUUACUACUGCCUUCGAUGUAGUUUUCGUGUUAUUCUGCUAUACGCCGAUUCAGAAGGGGGGGCUUGAAUUGCAGACGAGUCAAAUUGGUUAUGCCCUAGCAAUUUCUGGGGUUGCAGCGGCGUUUUUCCAGCUUGUGCUAAUGCCUACGCUACUGCGACGAGUUGAUCAUGCAAAAUGUUAUCACUUCACGAUUGCUAUAUGGCCUGCCGUAUUUGUGAUGCUCCCCAGUUUGAAUAUAUUCGCGCGUUAUAUGACAGACGAGACCAAUGGAAACUUGGACGAGAAUGCGAGUGCGAUGCUCUGGGUAGGAAUUGGUUUCGUCCUUGUAUUCGCUAAAAUCGGCUUUCUACCGUAUACCAUUAACACUUUGUUGGUCAAGAAGUAUGGCCCGUCGACGUCCUCUCUGGGAGCUAGCAAUGGAUUGCUUCAGUUCUUCAUCUGUUUAUCGCGUUCUUUUAGCCCUUUUUUGUCUAGUUCCAUUUUUGUCGUUUCGGUUGAGAAUGAUUUGUUUAUGGGAUAUGGCUGGGCUAUCUUACUAUCUGUGAUCUCCAUGGGAAGCAUACAUUUUUCUGGGUGCAUCAUGGAAGAAAGCAAACGACUACGCAGCUAAUGGAUCAUGUCAGUGCUGCUCGCAGCUCAUGCCUAUGUAGACGGUUCAAUGAAAGUUGAAUUUGAGCAA